AUAUGCUCAUCUGAUGCCGUGCACUUUGUGCAAGGCAUUUUUUGCUGUGCCUUGGAACCAAUCGCAUAGAAUUCGUGAUUCUGGAAGCAAUUGUUAUUUUUGGAGUAGAUAACAGUUUCAGAUCGAAGCAUUUUUUGGCGAAGCUUUUUAGCAGCUCUUCAUUUACAAGAUACCUCAACCUCACUAUUGAUUAGUUAAUGUAUCAGCUCAAAUUCAGUGGUUACAAUUUGUCUUUUGCAAUCUCUACUGAAGAUAAGUCAACUUAGAAACGCUGAUAAUUCUGAACCAUGAUUCGCACUACGCCCUAAUUGAGCUUAUCUUUUUGUGCUUUUACUGCAAUUUGGCUACUUAUUGCCACUCCUUUACUGAAUUUUGCAAAGUUUGCCAUUUGAUGUUGGUAUUUUUGCUGCAAAUGUAGAAUAGUACUAAUGUAUAGUUAUUUGGAUGCUGAAUUGGAUUGAAUUGAUUUGAGUGAUUUUUAUCUCUGAAGUUUCGCAAUAUUGCACACUUUAAAUUGAAAAUAUUUUAUUUUUAUGCCAUCUUGUGUCUCCAGUCGUUUUCAGAUUUUUUCAAACAUUCCAUUUUUCCUCUAUGUUCUUGAAUAAUUAUCGUUGUAAUCAGGAAUCAGAAUUCAAUUUCCAAAUAAAAUUGUGACCAAAAAUUCCAAUUCGUUCUACCUUUGUUAUCAUCAUCAUCUUAUAUUUUACGUAAUUGCUAGUACUGUAGCAUCUAUAUUAAGAAGCAUCUAAACAUAAUGACGUCAUCGCCUAGUAGUGACGGUGGCAAGAGUGCGCAUAGAAUGGGCAAAUGGUAUUUUGGGGGCGUGGCCUCUGCCAUGGCCGCCUGUUGCACCCAUCCUCUCGAUCUAGUCAAGGUACAUCUGCAGACCAUAGCUAGUACAAAAGAGUCGUUAUCCAUGAGCAGAGCUUUUGUUCACGUGGUCAAAACAGAAGGAGUAAUCGGCCUAUACAAUGGAAUCAGUGCAUCUAUGCUUCGCCAACUAACUUAUUCUACAGCUCGCUUUGGCGUAUACGAAAGUGCUAAAAACUUCCUCCAAUCUACCGGCCAAGAAAUGAACCUAAUCGUAAAAAUAUCCAUAUCCGGAGGCGCUGGCUUCUUCGGAGGUAUCAUCGGAACUCCUGGUGAUCUGUUGAACGUCCGCAUGCAGAACGAUAUCAAAGUACCUCCAGAGCAAAGAAGAAAUUACAAGCACGCUUGUGAUGGCUUAAUACGAGUCGUUCGAGAGGAAGGUUUCGCACGUUUGUUCGGCGGAUGUAGCAUGGCAAGCACGAGAGGAGCUUUAAUGUCAGUCGGUCAAAUUGCAACUUAUGACACUAUUAAAGAGCAAAUUUUAUACUUUGGGCUGUUAAAAGAUGGUCUAAUAUGUCAUUUUGCGAGUUCGACAGUCGCGGGUACUAUCGCAACUGGGCUAACUAUGCCGAUUGAUGUGAUGAAGACAAAAAUGAUGAAUGCAAAGCCCGGCGAAUUCAGAGGUAUUGGCCACUGCUUUGUUCACACAUUGAAAGUCGGACCCUCUGCUUUCUACAAGGGGUUCUUUCCCGCAUUUAUCAGAUUGGCUCCUCAAACAAUUCUAACUUUUGUCUUCCUAGAACAACUCAAAAUUUAUUUCGGAAAAGAUGUGUAUUUCUGAAUUUGCAUCUAGUAUGUGCGUAGUUAGUAAUAGAAUUAUAAAUGAAUGUAAUUUGUAUCGUGAAAGAUAAUUGUUGGAAUCUGACCUUUAUAACAGUUAACAAUUUUCAUUAUGGGAAGCGUUUCAAAGCUGAUGAAUUAUAUGAAUGUCAAUUUAAAAUAAAAACGUCACAAUUGAGGUCAGGUUCCGGUCUUUUUGAUAUUACUAUUAAUAAUUGAACUGUGCAAUGGUUGAUUAAGUUUCGUUCGCUGGAAUGGCAGCAAUCAUAUCUUUGGAUAAAAUUGCGAGUUUUGUAAAAGACUCUGAUGUGGUGAUAUACACAGGGCAAUAAAAAUUGGCUGAUA